CGUCCCCUGCGCAGCAAACUUCAAAGGCCGGAUUGCCGGACGUCAAGUUCACAGGCAGCGGCUGUGGGUUUUUUCAUCCGGCCGACUGGCCAUUCGCCGGAUGUUCGCAUACGGUUGAGCCCAAUUUUGUUUGAGCCGCAUUUCUUAUAAGAUCUACACGUUACGGCCAAGGAGAUUAAACGAUUCUAAGCUCCUUGGUUACGGCCAAAGAGAGAGACCUGUCCCUUCUGCCUGUUCGUGUGAUAGGCCCUUUACUGUCGUCGGCCGGAGCGCCAAAAAAAUCUGGAGUAACCACUAGGGCCUACGGGCCUACUUCCGUUUCUUCAAAAGUAUCACUUUUUUAGCUAGCCUAGGCUACUACAGACUUUGUUGUUUGUUUUCAACUUGUGUCCAGAGAGGAAAGAAUCACGUUGGCAUCGGGUCGUCAUUCAUAUACUUAAAUCUACCACGAGUACCUUACUCUGAAAGAAUUUAAAAUCAAUUUUACCACUCCUGACUCAACCUGCACACAGAAGUCAUGGAUCACAACAGCUUCCCAACUGCGUGUGAAACUCCCCGUCUGGCGGAGCCCACCGAAGAAACCUGGAUGGAACUCAUGGGCGACUGUGUUUCCAUGUGGCUGAAGAACUCCCCAGAGUUUUUUAAAGUUGCAAAACAGAAACUACUUCGAAUGGCCAAAUGCCCUUUCUUGUUUGGUGUAUCUGACAACCUGCCUCGACCAUGGAUGGAGGUUUUGAUCAACUAUGGCAUUUUGGAAUCUGGGCGUGAGAAGAAAACAAGCCCGUUGAGGGAGGCAGAAAUGGAAAUGUUUGAGAUGGUGGAGGUCAUCUUUGAACGGUGUCUUCAGCUAGUG